AUGGAUGUAUCCGUCUCAUACCGCCCGUGGGAGGAACUCCGGGUUGGCCAGCACAAUUCACAGAAACUCCCCUCGAUCUCCACCCUCACCGCCAGUAUGUGUCUCGGUAAUAUUCCCCCUGCAGAAAAAUCACCGGUGCAGUCCUCCCUGAAUACCGUUGAGCGCGACUCCGGCAAUUGGUCCAUGUCCCAGAGUGCCCGCUCCUCCACAUAUUCCAACACCACCAAUGGCACCAGUGGUUAUGCCCAGUUCUCUUACCUCACCUCCUCUCAGCACUCCCCGAAACGCCUCUCCACAGGCGUAUCUGACCGUCCUCAGCCUCAAGUGCAGCCUCAAUCUCAAUCUCGAUCGCAUUCGCAAUCCUCACAAGAUCAACCAAAUACUCCGUCCUCCGUAACCGGGGGCCCUCAACAACAUUCGCCAAGCUACACCUCCCACCAGCCAAGUGCCGUACUCCCUUCAAUAAACCAAAGCUUCGACGGUACCGUCCAACGCCCUCCGACAGAUUUCCCCGAAUCUCGUCGCAGCAGUGUCGACAGUAGAAUGAACCAGGGGAUUAGUUCCUUAGCCAUUAACCCUGCCUCUCCAUACAACAGCACAAAUGUCUCUCAGUCCUCUAUUGUUUCCAGCUUGCAACGCGAUCGCGGCAUUUCUAGUGAUUAUUCAAACAUUACCAGCCAGCGCGGCCCUCGUUAUAAUGGAGACCAUCCGCUCUCUCCGCUCGGUCCCAGGAAUGGCCAUCGUUCCUUUCCGGUGCGCCGCACUGCUCCUGCUAUCUCUAGCAACCCUCAUGCAGAAAUUUACAAUGCAGAGUCUCCUACGGCAGGCCAAGCCUAUGCCUUUCCGGACCCCGAUAUGGCUCGUGCGUCCGACAAGGGAAGCUGUGGCCAGCCAUCUAGUCCGUUUAUCCGGCGGGGGAGCACGGUGGAAUCUAUUACUAGCAGUGUGUUUACUACGGAUUCCAGAUUGCCGCAUGGCCAACACGAACUACCUCAGAGUGUCCAUCAUCAUUCAUUGCAGCAGAAACAGGUUAGAGAUUUAAUGGGGGACCCAGAGUCGCCAAAUGGCACCACGCCGUACAGCAGAACCCCAGAAUUGCGCAUUACACAUAAACUGGCUGAGCGUAAAAGACGAAGCGAAAUGAAGGACUGUUUUGAGCUUCUGCGAUCACGGCUGCCGUCGAGCCAGAGUAGCAAGUCUAGUAAAUGGGAGACGUUGACGAGAGCAAUCGAAUACAUCGGCCAACUCGAAAAAACCAUCCAACAAACCCGCCAUGAAACCGGCGCUUUAAAGGCCGAAGUCAACGAUCUACGCCAACAACUAAAUGAUCAGCUUCACCGGCAAGCGAGUGGACAGCAGCAACACCAACAGCAACAACAAUCACCCUACGACCGGCCCCAACUGCAGACCAACGGCAUAUCACCACAGUCUCAAGCAGGACAGGCACAGAUUUUUACUAACGGCCCAUAUUCUUCGCCCACAGCAACUCAGCAACCCUCACAUCCUGUGCAUACACCACCGCAAAUGGAUCCGGCGAGGACGUUGCCACCCCUGAUGAAUGGGGCACUGGCCCCUAUGCAAGGGGUGCAGUAUACUGAGGACCGGCGAUGA